CACAAAGUAGACUCUACGGAUAUUUCCACUAAAAAACCGAACCCGAGGAUCCAUGAUGAAUUGAUGAGCUCCGGAGGGGCUUGGUUCAUUUACAACUACGGAGCUCUUCUUCGCCUUCCAGUCUUCUUUCAUUUUAAUUCUUCAACACUUUCUGAAUAAGAAAGGCGGCCUUGUCGCACUACGAAAUCAGGAACGUCCAAUGGAGGAGAAGAGCAAAGGAAGCGAGAGAUGGAUGGCAGCGAUAGCGAAUUUGUCGGAGAUGUCGUCAAAUCUUGACUCCCUCCAGAGUUUGAUUGUGAAGAAAGCUGUUUAUGUCGACGAAGCCACCUACUCGAAAGCCCAUCUCGCCUCCGAGCAAGCCCGGACUAUCAAGGUUCUUGAACAGAGAGUAGAGACUUUAGAGCGUGAACUUGAUUCUGCAAUAUCAACUGCUGCACAUGCACGGACGGAGAAACGGCAAGCUGAGGUGGCUCAGAAGGCUGCAGAAUUACGGGCACAAGAGAUCACAAAAGAGCUCGAGAACACCACAAAAGUGUUUAAGCUGCACAUGGAAGAGUUACGCGCAAAGCAAGAGGAGAUAGCAAAACGUGAUAGUGAAAUUAAACUCCUUGAGGCUAUAAUUCAGACGCUCGGGGGGAAAAGUUGACUGUCUACCCAUAAUUAAACUAAUAUGAGGUGCAUGUCGUUACUAGUGGUCUGUUGUUUUGCAAUGUGGACGCAUUGGUGUGGUGCAUGUCCUUCCUAAAGGUGUGAGCCUGCGAUGCAACUGAAAAUAGAUGAGGAGAAACAAGUUAACUGAAGCAUAUGAGUAUCGAGUAAGGUACAUUGCUUCUACACAAAAUCACAAAUUAACUGAAGCAGCUGGCUACGUAUUAAAGAAAUCGGCAGCAGUGGUAAUAUAGGCUGAUGGAUUGAAACCAGGAGGCUAUUCAGACUCAAACAUUCGCAGCAAUGACUUGAGGCUGUUUCCACCUUUGUUCACAUUGGAGCCGACAUUGGUUUUUGUACAACUGAAUGAACUGCUAUUCAUGUUAAAAUCUGCAACGUAUUAUAUGUUAUUUAUAGUUUUUAUUAUUACUCCUUUUGUCUCUCAAAAACUUCCAGUUUGACUUAGUACACUAAUUAAAAAAACAGUGAAAUUGCAUGGUUUUCGUCUUGUGGAUGAUGUAAAAAGAAAAAAAAAAAAAAGAGGAGCAAUGUUAACCGGCUUUAAUGCAACAAACCCGCUCCUGAAAUUAAAAUUUGAUGCAUUAACCUCAAAACUCCCCUGUUAUAGUUAUUUAUGUGCAAAACUCCCUCUAUGAACAAAUUUAAUUGGCAAAUAAAAAAAGUGGUUAGUAUUUGUACGGAGUACAAUUUAGAAAUCUUGACAAAAUUUCUCGCAUAUUCACACACACACGCGCGCCCCACGCCAUGCACUCCAUGAGAACCACCUAAAAUUGCGGCACCAAACGGUGAUCUCCUCUGGAAUUUUGGAGGUGAAUAUAUA